AUGUCCCCGUGGGGAGCCGCCCUGGCCCUGCUGCUGGCCGCGCUGGUCCUCCUAGGACUGUGGGCUCGCCGACGAGGGCGCCGCCAGAAGCGCGCCGUCGGAGCGGAGACGCAGCGAGCAGCCCGGAGCCGGGACGACUGCGGGGAGGAGGGGGCGGGCGGAGGCCCCGCGGACCCGCUCCGCGCCCGGCGGGAGCCGCUCCCCGGAGGGUGCCGGCUGAUCUGCAAGCCGUCGGCGCUGGCGCAGUGCCUGCUGCGCGCUUUGCGCCGCUCCGCGGCGCUGGAGACGGGCCCGCGCUCCUGGCUCUCCGGGCCCCACCUGCAGACCCUCUGCCACUUCGUCUUGCCGGUGGGCGCGGGCCCAGAACUGGCCCGGGAGCACCUGCAGUUGACGGACGACGGACUGGUAGCCCUAGACUGGGUCGUGGGACCCUGUCCCCGAGGCCGCCGGGUCACCAGCUCCGGGGCCCUCCCGGCGGUGCUGCUGGUGAUCCCCAAUGCGUGGGGCCGCCUCACCCGCAACGUGCUUGGCCUCUGCCUGCUGGCCCUGGAGCGCGGCUACUACCCGGUCAUCUUCCACCGCCGCGGCCACCACGGCUGCCCGCUCGCCACCCCCCGGCUACAGCCUAUUGGGGAUCCGUCUGACCUCAAGGAGGCGGUCACUUACAUCCGCUUCAGACACCCCUCGGCCCCGCUGUUCGCGGUGAGCGAGGGCUCGGGCUCGGUGCUGCUGCUCUCCUACCUGGGCGAGUGCGGCUCCUCGAGCUACGUGACCGGCGCCGCCUGCAUCUCGCCCGUGCUCCGCUGCCGGGAGUGGUUCGAGGCCGGCCUGCCCUGGGCCUACGAACGGGGCUUCCUGCUCCACCAGAAGAUCGCCCUCAGCAGGUAUGCCACCGCCCUGGAGGACACCGUGGACAUGGGCAAACUGUUCCGGAGCCGCUCCCUGCGGGAGUUUGAGGAGACCCUCUUCUGCCACACCAAGAGUUUCCCCAUCAGCUGGGACACCUACUGGGAUCACAACGACCCCCUCCGGGAUGUGGACGAGGCCGCCGUGCCCGUGCUGUGCAUUUGCAGCGCCGACGACCCCGUGCGCGGGCCCCCAGACCGCACGCUGCCCACCGAGCUCUUCCGCAGCAACCCCUACUUCUUCCUCCUGCUCAGUCGCCACGGCGGCCACUGCGGCUUCCUGCGCCCGGAGCCCUUGCCAGCCUGGAGCCACGAGGUCGUCCUGGAGUACUUCCGGGACCUGACUGAGUUCUUCCGCAUGGAAGAGAGGAUGAAGGGCCUGAGCAGGCGCCGGGCGUCCUUCCUGGGGGGCCGGCGUCGCUGGGGCAGCCUGCAGAAGCGCGAAGCCUCGCCCGCCUCCAGUCUGGAGCUCUUCAGCUGGAAGCGAUCCUAUACCAGGUGAGCCCCGCCAGGAGGACCAGUCCUGGGAAGAUGGGAGAGAUGGCACCUGCAGCCAGAUGGAGCUCCGUUUCCCCGAGCGGAUUCCCUGCCCACGCCAUGCCCUGGUCAACACACUCCUCCUCCGAGGCCCAGGACGGGCACCAUUGGACAUACAAGGACGCAGGACAUUGGGCAUACAAGGACACAGCAGCAGCAUCCGCAGAGAGGAGCAGUGGACGCAUGUUGCCGGGGGCAGCUCUGUCCCACAUAAAUAACCAGCCCUGUGACCACGGAGCAAGGACAGGAUGUUUGUGUCUCGGUCCCACUUCCCUCCUCUCACUCAGCAGUUGUGGCACGCUGCUCUGGGGAUGGACGCAGGCUCUCGGAGCUGCUGGGCUGCUGCUGUCUUGUGCAUGAAAAGUUGUCAGGCAGAGGGUGCUGUGUGGGGCUGGUGGAGGCGAACGGGGUGGACCGUGAACGCCUCGCUCUAGAACAUCAAGAUGCAGUCUCUCAGGGGCGAGCUGCAAGCCUCUGUGGGGACCUGGAGCCUUCCUGGAGAGAUCCCAAGAGUGAUUCUAGGAAUGCGAAGCCCUCCCAGGCAAGGUCUAAGGGCCCUGCGAGGUCAUGCCUCAAGCAGUCAGAUUCCCAACCAUUUGAGAUGUUCCCUCUGGCUCCGUGUUGUCAAGUCCCGCUCUAGCCAGACUGUUUUUCUCCGUGAAAAGUACAAACCUUCUCACUUGGGUGUUUUCUGGUCAGUAGUCGCCCUUUCUGUCAGUGCUACUAGCGUCCAACUUCCCAGAGCCAGGAGCGACAUCUGGGACCAGAGGGAAAAAACAAACGCCAUGGGAGGUUGACUAGCACUAACUCAGUGAUUUAUGAAUAUUUCACACGGCCGUGCUUUUUCUGCUCAAUUAUUCAAAAGGCCAUCCGUGAAAUGCAGAAAACCUUCAUCCUGGGUCUGUCUGGCCACUCGGCAGCUAAGUGGGUGUUUGGUUUUAGGGGGCAGAGUGCUGAACCCUAGAAUGAAGUAAGACGUAGUGUGCAGACUGAUCCACACCGUCUGGUUUAGAUUAGGCCAUUAAGGACACAAUAGGCCAUCUGGUUCAUUUGCCACUGAGAAAAAGACGCCUGAUAGGAACCCCACCCUGGAGAGAGUUGGUCUGAGGUAUUCCUGGGGGGCCAGGAUUUCAGGUCUGGAGACGCUCUAGCUCAGCCUUGUUCUGGAUCAGGGGUCGGCAAACUUUUGAGAGGGAAGAGCCAAUCCUGUCCCUCACAACAAGUUAAAAAUGAUCCGAGAGCCGUAAGUAUAUUUUUACAACUGAAAUCACCAUGACCUGAAUAACGUCCUUUAAAAAUGUUAUACAUGAAA